AUGGUUCAAAUCUUAGACGCCGGGUACGGCUAUGGCUUUGUCGUGGGUCUAGGUGCAGCUUUCGCACUAAUUAUGAUACUCGUUACUAGGGUACUGACGAAGUAUAUGGGAGAGGUUCAGGAUUCUGAACAUUUCUCAACUGCUUCUAGAUCAAUUAAAUCUGGUCUGAUAUCUUCAGCCGUUGUAUCAUCAUGGUGUUGGCCCGGUACCCUUCUCUCGUCUUGUGUCUACACUUACAAGUAUGGUGUUGCCGGUGGCUACUGGUACGGAAUUAGCGGGAUCAGUCACUCGAUGCUGUUCACGCUAAUUGCCCUGCAAAUGAAGAGAAAGGCCACUGGUGCGCAUACAAUCGUGGAAAUCGUGAAAGCCCGUUAUGGCAAGGCAGCACAUUGCGUGUAUCUGUUCUACUCCUGUGGCACUAAUACUAUCAUAGCAAGUAUGCUUUUGUUAGGUUGUUCACAGGCUUUUGCCCACGUUGCUGAUAUCCACAUCGUGGCUUGCGCCUUCCUUUUCCCCGUCAGCGUUGCGGCUUACACAAUGUUGGGUGGCCUCAAAAGCACAUUCCUGAGCGAUUGGAUUCACACGGUUGUAAUUUAUUUGGUUAUCAUAUCCUCCCUCCUCAUUUGUUAUGGCACCUCUAAUCUCAUUGGGUCAACUGAUAGAAUGUGGGAUCUCUUGCAAACUGUUUCGAAAACUCAUCCAUCAGCAGGACAUGAGGGGAGUUAUUUGACCUUCUCUAACAAGGCUCUCGUGAUGUUGGCUUGGAGUCAGAUCAUGAGUGGAUGGGCGACAGUGUUUGCUGAUCCCUCUUAUGGCCAAAAAGCAAUUGCUGCAAAGCCGAUGUCAACAAUUUCUGGCUAUGUCAUUGGAUCGCUGUGCUGGUUUAUCAUUCCUUGGAGUUUCGGUCUUGGCACAGCUUUGGCAGCUUUAGCGCUCACGAACAAUCCGGUUUCGGCAACUUACCCAAACCUAAUUCCUCCUUUGGAAGUUAAUAUGGGAAUGCCACUUCUUUAUGGUCUUUACGCGAUAAUGGGCAAGUCGGGAGCCGCUGCUGGUAUUUUGGUUCUUUUCUUGUCUUGUACUUCUUCCCUCUCAGCGGAAUUGGUUUCUUUUUCUUCGGUCAUGACUUAUGAUGUUUACAGAGCUUAUAUCAAGCCAGAUGCUACUGGAAGGCAGCUAGUUACCGUCUCCCAUGUUUCCGUUGUGGCCUUUGCGUUGUUCAUUGCAGGGUUGACGGUUAUGUUCAACUAUAUUGGGAUUACCAUUUCAUGGAUUUUGACGUUCAUUGGUAUUAUUUUGGGUGCCGCUCCCGUUGGUAUCACACUGACAUUGUUUUGGCCAAGAAUGAGCACUUACUGUUUCUAUUAUGCUCUACCACUGGGCUCAUUCACCGGUCUUGGUUGUUGGCUUGGAGCGUGUAAGCACUUUUACGGAGCUAUUAACAAGGACAAUCUUGGCCUGGUGAACUCAACCAUUAUUGCCAACUUUUCAACCUUUGGUGCUACUGUUCUUUACUGUGUUAUCAUAAGCUUCUUUUUCCCUGCCGGCAAUUCGCUGGAAGAGCUCCAAGACAAAUUCGAGGUCGCAGAUGAUGCAACCGCCCAGGAGAAGAAUCUGAUGCGGUUGGAUAAAGUAACAAAGGAAAAGCUAGACAAAGUUUUCAAGUGGGCUGCUGUUGGUGUUUUCUGCAUUUGGAUCUCAUUCACAUUUGUACUUCCCUUCCCAAUGUAUGGUCAGAAAUACAUUAUGUCCAAACCUUUCUUCAGGGGCUGGAUCGUCGUAAGCAUCAUCUGGCUUUUCGUGGCUUUCUUUUACAUUACAUUCUACCCCAUCUAUGAGAGCCGUUCCGCUUUAUACCAUUUCUACCGGAGAGUUGUUGGAAAGGAACACAAGAUUGAAACUGACGUGGUCUUGUAUGGGCAAGAGGCCGACGGUGUCACUACAAGUGGAAAAGGAUCAGUCGUCGAGGAAAUCGCGGAAAAGAAAAGCGAGGAAGCUUAA